GCCAACUGUCUUUCUUUCUCUUCUCUACUAUCCAUUCUCCACCAUGGACGAGAUUGCACCCGAGUACGACGUCGUGGUCCUGGGAACAGGCCUCACCGAAUGCGUCCUCUCCGGUGUUCUCAGUGUGAAGGGGAAGAAGGUGCUGCACAUUGACCGCAACGACCACUACGGAGGCGAGGCAGCGUCAGUCAACAUCGAAGCGCUCUUUAAGAAGUAUGGCCAGACCGCCGGCGAGCCGUGGAAGAAGUACGGCCGCGUCAACGAUUGGAACAUCGACCUCGUCCCGAAGCUGCUCAUGGCGAACGGCGAACUGACAAACAUCCUGGUCUCCACGGACGUCACGCGAUAUCUCGAAUUCAAGCAGAUUGCUGGUAGUUAUGUACAGCAGGGCCACGGCCCCAAGGCAACCGUGGCGAAGGUACCCUCCGAUGCGGGCGAAGCGCUGCGUUCGCCGUUGAUGGGCUUGUUCGAGAAGCGCCGGGCGAGGAACUUCUUGGAAUGGGUUGGUGCAUACAAGACCGAUGAUCCGGCGACACACAAGGGUCUUGACGUACCAAACAUCACCAUGAAGGAAGUGUAUGACAAGUUUGGCUUGGAGGCCGGCACCAGAGACUUUAUUGGCCACUCGAUGGCUCUGUACCAGACGGACGACUACAUUAACAGGAAAGGCAUGGCCAACGACGCCAUUGAGCGCAUCAGACUCUAUGUCAACUCCAUGGCGAGAUACGGAAAGUCGCCCUACAUCUACCCCUUGUACGGCCUCGGAGAGCUCCCGCAGGGAUUCGCUCGUCUGUCAGCUAUCUAUGGCGGCACAUAUAUGUUGAACACUGAUGUCGACGAGUUCCUCUACGACGGCAAGAAGGUAGCCGGCAUCAAGGCCACGAUGAAGGAGAGGGGAGAUGAUGGGCCAGGGAUGAAGUUUGAGACCAAGUGCAAGAAGAUUCUGGCAGACCCAUCAUACUUCCCCGGAAAAGCGCGAGUCACCGGACACCUCCUCAAGGCCAUCUGCAUCCUGAACCACCCCAUCGCCAGCACGGACAAUUCCGAUUCGCUGCAGCUCAUCAUUCCUCAGUCCCAGGUUGGCCGAAAGCAUGAUAUCUAUAUCGCCGUCGUCUCGUCCGCUCACAAUGUCUGCCCAAAGGGCUACUACAUCGCCAUAGUUUCUACCAUCGCCGAAGGCGAUAGCAACCACCACCUCGAACUGCAGCCCGGUAUCGACCGCCUCGGAAAGAUUGAGGAGCAAUUCAUGGGCCCGCCUAUUCCGCUCUAUGAGCCGAUCGAGAGCGGAGAGGACGACAACAUCUUUAUUUCCAAGAGCUACGAUGCUACAAGUCACUUCGAGACCACAACUGAUGAUAUCAAGAACAUCUACCGACGCGCCGAGGGUCAUGAGCUCGUUGUUGAAGGUCUAAGAGACGGCCAGAAUUUCAAUGUGGAAGAAUAAAUAUGGAGGGCUAUGUAGUAUCCGCGCUCUGGUGUCAAUUUGGUAUUUGACUUGCGAGUCAGUUGGCGAACGUGGUCCAUAACAACCAUGCAUUCCCCGAAGACCGUGGAGUGCUUGGUGUUUGUGUCGUGUUCCUAGACAGAGACGCAGAAGCCGCUGUGAUGUCAUUCAAAGCCAUCUUGUGCGCUUCUAGCUCACAAUGUGUGCUUGAAUACGUGGUUAAAGCCGUUUAGAGUCUGCUAUACACCCGUGGACGAAUAUUUGACGCUCCUUGCGGGGGAUACCCCGACGCCUCCAAUCUUGGUACAGCCUCUACUUAAGUCUUUCAUCUAAGCCCUGGAGUCUCCCUUCACCAAGUACCUUACUAUUCUUAUAUAU